GCCUUCUGUAUACAGCACAGCAUUUAGGAGGUUGUUGAAAACAUGGCCAAGCACCAUCCCGAUUUGAUUAUGUGCAGGAAGCAGCCAGGAAUUGCGAUCGGACGACUUUGCGAGAAAUGUGAUGGCAAGUGUGUGAUCUGUGAUUCUUAUGUUCGUCCUUGUACGCUUGUCCGGGUCUGCGAUGAGUGCAACUACGGCUCAUUUCAAGGUCGUUGUGUCAUAUGUGGAGGAGUAGGAAUCUCUGAUGCUUACUACUGCAAGGAGUGUACACAACAAGAGAAAGAUAGGGACGGAUGCCCUAAAAUUGUGAAUUUAGGGAGUGCCAAAACUGAUCUGUUUUAUGAACGUAAAAAGUAUGGUUUUAAGAAACGAUGAGGAAGAUGAUGCUGGAUUCUUGAUAUGUCUGUAUCUUAUUAUUAAGACGGCUUUCUGAGAUAAACGUAUGGAUGUCAGAAAGGAAAGGGUAUGUAUACAUUUAUCUGAUGCAUGAUAUGAAUUGUUAGCAAGCUGACUUGUGUCUGUGGCUCCUUGCUUGAACAUUGUUCAAAUGCUGGUGACCAAGAACAGGAAAUUAGUAACCUUUUUGUAAUAACAACAAUUAGCCUUGUUAUUA